AUGCAUUUUAUCAAAAAUAUCAACUGCUCUCUGCCUGUCUUGACCUCUACCAUCGGUCACUUAUUCACUUCCCUUGGUAUCACCUUCCCCCAACCAGAUGGUCUGAUCGAUUGUCUGGAUCCCGACUGCUGUGCCUCCGCACACUGCCGCAAAUUGGCUCAACUUGAUACGCGCCGCGCCAGUGAUGCCGGUGGCAGCGGCGGUCCACGUCCAAAUCGGAGUCUGAACCCAGCUGCGGAAGAUGCGAAACAGGGUUGCGCGCACAGUGAACCCGCUCAGUAUCAUCUACUCAUCACUCCAAUGGCCCAGGCAGACAGUACGUUCUAUGGACAGUUGGAGUUUUUGCUUAAACGGGAACAAAUUAUCAUGCGGAAUUUUGAUCCUCGUCGUAUCUCCGUUAUUCGUGGUACCGUACGCCAGUGGGAUGGAACUGCGUUCUGGGGUUGUCGUGUAUUCGAUCGUCUCAAAGCGAAAACUGGUUAUACUUUGACCGAUGAACAGGGCAGGUUUGAUUUGCCUGUGGAUGGUGGUUCGAUUGUGCAACUGGAAUUCCUACGCUUUCCCACCGAACGAUUUUCCGCCAUACAGCCGGUAUACGUGCCAGUGAAUGAAAUCAUCAACUUGGGAGACUUUUAUCUGCACGAUUCCAGUCGGUCAGUAUCCCUCCAGUUGGCGGUCGGUGGUUCUCUUGCCCCAUCGCCCGUGUUUCACGAUUUGUGGAUCGCCGGUUUGUUGGCUUCCACCGGAUUGAGUACACCAGAUCCGAAUGCAAUGCCUGACACAGGAUUGCCCAGCACGGAGUCGACUGGGAGCACUGAAAUUGCACUGAAAUGGGAACAGUCAGAUGAGACAUGCGCACAACAUGAUCUCACCUUGAUCGGCGGUUUACCAGUGUGGGGCGAUCAGAUGUCCAACGGUGAAACGGUUUGUGUGGAUCAGGAACAAACUAUCUGUGUACAGAAUGGAGUGCUUACCUAUUCUAUACCAAUUCACGACAGUCGUUUGCGCUUGAUUUAUCGAUCAGAUCGCGCCGCGGGUUAUCGACCGGCAUUGAUUGCUCAGCUUUUGGAUCAGGUGGUCCCAGACGGGUUGCGUGAAAUUCACUUUGUUGUCGAUGUGGCCGGUCUGCGCCAGGCGAAACGCUUGGAACCGGAGCAAGGACUGACUGAGCUGUUUUACUGGAACAAGACAGAUGGAUACAACCGAACAGUAUAUGGACUGGUGAAUGCAAAAGUCUCCGCCGGCUAUGUAUAUACAGGUUGCUCCCGUGUGUUCUGGGAACAUCGCAUGGUUCCGUUGCUUGGUCAUGAAUUGAUCGAAUCCGGUCUGGCCAAUUGGAAGUUGGACUUGGUUCACUUGUAUGCAGUUAAUCAUGGGAUUGUCUAUCGUGGGGACGGUUCGCAUAUGUUCCUCAAAUAUACCGACUGGCAUGUAUCACCAGUGCUGGGCAGUAGAACCACACGACGCAAACCGAAUGUUUGUGAUCACUGUUCGACCAACCAGACUGGUUUCGGAUCCCCAGUCCUACGUCUGCCAGCUCUGAUCACAGACUCAUUGGGCCACAUUGUCGUUGCAGACGGUAGUCGACUGCGUUGGUUGCAAUCACCGGAAUCAGCACAAACCGGAAGCAUGACUUUUCGCCCAUCUGAGUCGCUAGACAGUCGGGCUCAACGGUCGUUUUUGUGGAACGAUCGACGUGUAUGGUUCACAAUGAGCCAAUUCCCCUUGGAUUUCCUUUCCACCGGAUUCGAUGAGCUGGGUUCGACCGAUGACUACUAUCUAGCCGCCCAUCCAUCCUAUUUGGCUUUGGAACGACGGUUCGGAGCUUCGGACCCUGGGGCCUUAGAUUCAGGUCUGUUCUUGUCCCACACGAGUAGCAAAUCAAUUUGGUGGCUCAGUGACAGUCCUCAACCGAUUGCGCAACCGAUUCUCACUGCAACAUGUGAAGAACAUGCUUCCGGUCUGCUACCGGUGCCAGACCUGUGCACUAAACACGAAUUUAUGGAUCCUCGAGGGCUGGCAGUUUCGCCAAAUGACCUCUAUUUCGCCGAUGGCAACUUGAUUUUUGCGAUGCCACUCAAUGGUGAUCCGGGUGUGCCUCGACCGAUCCGUCUGGUGGUCGGUCGACCAGAUUCCGCCGUAUGGAUUGCACCCCCCUGCGAUCAUGGUUUGCCGGGUUUGCAAAUGACCUUGAAAGGGCCUAGUCAUAUGGUAUACAAUGCACUGGAAGAUGCUAUCUAUUUUGUGGACAAUAAACAGGUCUAUCGCCUGCACUUGGCCAGUCAAAUGGUUUCAUUGGCUGCUGGCAAAUCUGAAACUUGCGGAUCAGAAUCUCCUACUACGAGUCACGUGCAUCUGGCCACAGCAAUGGCAUUUUCGACCAUUCGCGGUCUGGCCGUCUCACCGGAAGGGGAUUUGUACGUGGCCGAAUCGCAACGUGUGUGGAUUCGUCGAGCACAUGGUAGACUGCAUGCGGUCGCGGGAAAACCACAGCAAAAGCAAACCGAAUCCGACGACGAAUUCGCAUCAACCGCCUUCUCGAACGAAUUUGAGAAUGCAGUCGAUUUUGGUUUAGCUAGCGAUAUGCAGUUCUCAAACAUCACCGCAAUUGCUGUUACAAUCUAUGGUGAAUUGUUCGUAGCCGACUCGGGUCAUGCCACAGUUUAUCGAGUGCAUUAUGAACUACCGCGACCAUCGUCAACCACCUCCACCUAUCGUGUUGUUUCACCUGGAACGGACGAGGCGUACACCUUUAAUCAGAAUGGCCAGCUUCUACAAACAGAAAAUGCUAUCACUCAGAUGACGUUGCACUUGGUCGACUAUCGUGCGAACGCCAUCUACGGUUGGGUUUCAGAUAUCCGUGGUAACAAUGUCAAUUUGCGUUUCGGCGUGCAUCGUGACACUCAGGGAAGAUUACGAUAUGUUCAAUCACCUACAGGUAAGUUUUCCCCACCGUUUGCAUGCACUCAUUGA